AGCAAAGCAUUCAGAACCUGAUAAUGCAACAGGCAAUGCCGAAAAAUAAAAGGAGCAAUGAAGCCUGCCUUUAUUUUGUAAUCCUGUUUGUUUUUCUAGAACAGAUGAAUAGGCUCAGAAUCACUGACUCAAUUUUUGGAUUCCAUUUUCAUGACAAAGCGAAUGUCUAGUCUAAAAAUGAGCUCACUAUAAAAUGAGGCUUCCUGAUUGUGGCUCUGGCAGCUGGUUCUAGUUCUCCUCCUCCUCCAGGAAUAUUUGCACCCCACGUUGAUCAUGUCCAAAACUGGAAGCAAGAUCACCUUCUACGAAGGCAAGAAUUUCCAGGGGCGCCGCUAUGAGACUGACAGGGACUGUUUGGAUUUCCACACUGACCUGAGCCGCUGCAAUUCCAUCCGUGUGGAGGGGGGUGCCUGGGUUGUUUAUGAGCGGCCAAACUUUGCAGGGAACAUGUAUGUGCUGACUCAUGGGGAAUAUCCUGAAUAUCAACGAUGGAUGGGCCUAAAUGACCGCAUCAGCUCAUGCAAAUCUAUUCAGCUACCCAGUGGAGGCAAAUACCAAAUCCAGCUCUUUGAGAAGGGUGACUUUAGUGGCCAGAUGCAUGAAUCCACAGAAGACUGCCCUUCUGUCAUGGAUCAGUUUCACCUGCGCGAAAUCCACUCCUGCAAAGUCCUGGAUGGGGCCUGGGUUUUCUACGAACACCCCAAUUUCCGUGGCAGGCAGUAUCUUCUGGAGAGAGGAGAGUAUAGUAAACCUGUCGAGUGGGGGUCUGCAUCCCCAGUGGUCCAGUCCUUCCGCCGUAUUGCAGAGUAAUGGGCAGCAUUAAGUCUGAAGCCGAUGUGAAAGCUGACUUGAUGCCAUAAAUAAAGCACUUGUGGGUUCA